GCCCGGCCGGCGCUGCCGGCGGGUGUUUCCGGGCCGGUCUCCAGAGGCCGGCGCACAAGAUGGCGGCUCCGGCGGCUUGGGGGAGGCAGCUGCCGCUCGGCCCUGGGCUCUAGCGCGGGGCUGGGGCCGGAGACAGGCUUUGCCCAGGUGACGGGUGGUCGGGGCGGCGCCGCCGGGCCUGGUGGGGUGCAAGGCCCGCUUGCUGCUGCACCCAGAUCCCGCUGCUUCCCCAGGCCUGCCCCCAGGCGGAGCCGAAGGAAGGUCAGGCCCGCCGCCCCGCCCAGUCCCGUCCCUCCCUUCCUCCGGGCGGUCACAGUGCGUGACUCACUUAAGAGUUAACUUCAGCCACGUGCAGAAUCCAUGGCGGCCUCGCAGGCUCUGGGGGAGAAGAUUAACAUCCUGUCGGGAGAGACUGUCAAGGUCGGGGAGAGGGACCCGCUGGGGAACGACUGUCCGGAGCAGGACAGGCUACCCCAGCGCUCCUGGAGGCAGAAGUGCGCCUCCUACGUGCUGGCCUUGAGGCCCUGGAGCUUCAGUGCCUCACUCACCCCCGUGGCCCUGGGCAGUGCCCUUGCAUACAAAUUUCAGGGCGUCCUGGAUCCCAGGCUGUUGGUGGGUUGUGCCGUGGCUGUCCUGGCUGUGCAUGGGGCCGGCAAUUUGGUCAACACUUACUAUGACUUUUCCAAGGGCAUUGACCACAAAAAGAGUGAUGACAGAACCCUGGUAGACCGAAUCCUGGAACCACAGGAUGUUGUCCGAUUUGGAGUCUUCCUCUACACCUUAGGCUGUGUCUGUGCCGCUUGCCUCUACUCCCUGUCCCCUCUGAAGCUAGAGCACUUGGCUCUCAUCUACUUUGGAGGCCUGUCUGGCUCCUUUCUCUACACAGGAGGAAUUGGAUUCAAGUAUGUGGCUCUGGGAGACCUCAUCAUCCUCAUCACUUUUGGCCCACUGGCUGUGAUGUUCGCCUAUGCCGUCCAGGUGGGGUCCCUGGCCAUCUUUCCACUGGUCUAUGCCAUCCCCCUUGCCCUUAGCACCGAGGCCAUUCUCCAUUCCAACAACACCAGGGACAUGGAGUCCGACCGGGAGGCCGGCAUCGUCACACUCGCUAUCCUCAUCGGCCCCACCUUCUCCUACAUUCUCUACAACACGCUGCUCUUCCUGCCCUACCUGGUCUUCAGCAUCCUGGCCGUGCACUGCAGCAUCAGCCUGGCCCUGCCCCUGCUCACCAUCCCCAUGGCUUUUUCCCUCGAGAGACAGUUCCGAAGCCAGGCUUUCAACAAACUGCCCCAGAGGACUGCCAAGCUCAACCUCCUGCUGGGACUUUUCUACGUCUUUGGCAUCAUUCUGGCACCAGUGGGCAGUCUGCCCAAACUUUAAGGGGACCAGUAGCUCCCCCACAACAUGUCUCCCUUUCUUGGAAUAGGAUGAAGUCAGAGCCUCCGAGAAGGCAGUGUGACUUGGCAGUGAGGGUACUAAGCAUGGGUGUGAACUCCUACAUUUUUUUUAGUUAUUAUUAUGUUCUUAAAGAUAAUCUGUUGUUUUUGUCUUUCCAUUUUUAUGGGGAACUUUGAAACCACUCUGGUAUCAGAAGGUGACUUGGACACAUGGUCCUGUUUUAUUUAUAAUUUCCACUAGAGGGUGUUGUCAAGUCACUUUACAAUGGAAUGGACUGUGUUCCUCCUUGUUCGGCACAAAAUGUCUUAAGACUUUGUGAAGGAUCUGCCAGGUCUGGCUGCUAUCCUGAGAGAGCCGUAGUAACUAGGCAGAGUGUCGUAGGACAUGGUGAUGAUUGAUGCCAAGCCCAUUAACACGGGCGGCACCUGUCUCUUGCUCUCAGUGCUGGCGUCCCGAGACAUGCUGCCUGAGAGAGAAAGUCCCUCAUUAACAGCCUUGUGGCUCCUGGCUUUUGCCUAAAUUGUGAUUCAGACUUUUUUGUCUUUCAUCUCUCCCUUGACUUCGUGCAGCAGUUGAGGGAAAGUGUCCAAUCAUCCUGCAGCAAGACAGUCAAACCAGGGACUGGGAGGGAAAAAAACCACCUGGAGGCAGCUGAGAAAAUCAGUCUGCUUUUGGAUAAAAAUUAAUAGGGUGGCUGUUUUCCCUUUGUGGAAUCCACUAGAAUGACAAGAAGGACUCCCAGCCCUUUCAGUAACUACCAGGAGCCUGAAAUUGUAGAGGCACUGCCGUCCUUGUGGGAUACUCCAAGCCACUGGGCUCCCUCCCCACCAUUGCCUCUCCCCCACGCCCACCCUCCAUCUCUAUUGUGUUCCCAUUUGUGUGUUUCCCAUUUGUGGAGCCAGACUAUUGGGGCAACAGCUUAGCACCUGAGUUUGAAACAGUUGCCCCUCCCUGCAGAGCCACAGGAUGGGCUGAGCAGGGACCCGAUGAAUGUACGAGCCAAUGGACAACAGUCCUGAGCCCUGUUCAGCGAGUGACAGGUCCUGCCAGUGAAGGAACUGCAUCUUUAUCCUUGGAGGCAGACAUGCAUUACUGACCCUGCCUCUCCCCAGGUCUCCGCCUCUCUCCAGGUGUCCGUUGCCUUGUGGAUGGAUAGUUGAGGGCUUCAGUGAAGUCACACUCAGAGGGAGGGAUUCCAGCGUUGAUCAUAGCUGCUUUUCAUUGCAUUGCCUCUAAGUGUAAUUUCUGGGCUAGAAUUGCUCAGCUACAUUUGGUCUAAGACUGAAAGAGAUUGAAACUGUCAUCAUUGUUAUUUUAUUAUAGCCAAUUCUGGUAGGUGUUUCAAGGUCUUGACCUGCAGAAAAUGACAUGAUAACUGGUUCUUAAUCCUUCAGAUCAAGCUAAUUAUGAUUUGGCUCCUUGAGUUAGAAUUGGGCAGCUUAUUUGGAAAUUGCAAAAGUUCCUCUAAAAUUCAAGGUGGUUCGUCUACCAGAGAGCCAGAAUCCUGGAAGAGCCCAGGAAGAAGGGAAUGAAAGAUGACCUUUCUCUCCCACCCUUCUUCCCAGCACCAUUUUUGUUUCACGCCAGGCUUGUGCCAUUUUGGUGCUCACAGGGUUUUGCCUUCAGAAAAACUCUUCUGACCUCUCCUUGGAGCGGGCCAUUGUCACUUAGGGCUCACCCCUGAAGCUGGAGGACCAAGGGCUCCCUGUGUCCAUGGACCAGACCCGCCUUUGUGGCUGCUCCCAUGGCGGUUGUCAGCCGCUGCACUGUGCCCCGGUGCAGAUUUUAAUGCGUAUUUUUAUAUGUAAAUGUUCCAAAAGGCCAAAUUUGGUGCCAGCUUUUAUAUGCAGGUCGUUAUAAUUUGUAUUUUGUCCCUAUUAUGUUUCUAUGAAGGUUUUCUUUAGACUUAAUUAAAAAAAAGAAAGAAAAUGUU